AUGAACGGAAGUUUUUCUUUAUUUUUCCUGGUUAAACUGAAAACUGUGAAAAGCAAAAUAGUGAAAAAUGUUCAUAAAGUUGAAAAAUCUUGCACGGUUAUUGUAGCAACACAUGAUGAAGUUGUUAUUUCCCUUCCACGUUUGAGGAAAAUUGAAGAGGAAGGCAGAGAAUCAGGUCAGCAGUUGGCGACAAAAUCUUUGUCGUUUAAUCGACCGCAACUUAACGAUUUACCCUCAAAUAAUGUUCAAGCUUCAUUAACUCGAAAUUUCAUGCAAAAUAUGAGACAACAAAGAAUGAGACGAAAAAUGUUGAUACAUAAACUUCUGUCCGAAGGAAAACUUCAACAAACUGUCCUUAAAAUCCCAUUAAAGUUGACAAAAUUUUACCGCAGAGACGCAUGGAAAGAGAGAAGAGAGGCUCGUAACACAACGAGAAGAUAA